UUGCCCUUUUCAAAUAAACACGUCUUUAUGUUUUUGUUCGUGUAUUUCAACUGAUUUAUUUAUUUUCCCAGAUUACUGAGAUCAUUAUUUUACACUCUGUUUGAGUUUGAACAUUUAAAACAAUGAGCAUUCAAAAUUUAAUUAAUUUGCGUACUUAAUUCAUAUUUUAAUAGUAUUAAAUAGUAUUUAAAUUUAAGAAUAAUACAUCAUCAUUAAUUAAAGUGUAAAUCACGAUUCGACCAAGCAGCAGACAAAGUGCAUUUUAUUGCUACCUACGUUCUUGAAAAACAAGUUUUCAAAAUCGCGCGAAAGAAAUAAACAAUAACAAUAACUUGUAAAAUGGAAGAAGAUAAUAUAGUCACAGAAUUAACUAAGGAAGCACCAAGAGAUAUACAAAGAGUAUCAAAAGACACUGUUAACAAGAUAUUAUCGGCACAGGUAAUAUUAAAUAUUGGAAUUGCUGUAAAGGAAUUGAUUGAGAACAGCGUAGAUGCAUGCUCAACAGUAAUAGACAUUAAAAUUAAAGAGCAUGGAAAGGAAGGAUUUGAAGUUUCUGAUAAUGGACUGGGUAUUUUGGAAGAAAACUUUCAAGGAAUAACAGCUAAGCAUCAUACAUCAAAGCUAAAGGACUUUACUGAUUUACAAAAUAUUAAGACUUUCGGCUUUCGAGGAGAAGCACUGUCAUCAUUAUGUGGAUUAUGUGAUGUCACAAUAACAACAAGACAUUCUUCGUCUGAAUAUGGAACCAAAUUAGUUUAUAAUAAUGAUGGAGAUAUUACUGAGAAAUCAAUCAUUGCUCGAAAUAUUGGCACUUCUGUUAUAGUUUCAGAUUUCUUUAAGACACUUCCAGUUCGAAAAGCUGAAUUUCAAAAGAACUAUAAAAAGGAUUUCAAUAAGAUGAUUAAAUUAUUGGAGGAGUAUUGCUUAGUGCUUGUAGGAGUAAAAAUCAUAGCUGUUAAUGUACUAAAAAAUGGAUCAAGACAAACAAUUUUAUCAACCAAUGGUAAAUCUGUGUCUGACAAUAUUGUAUCAAUUUUUGGAGGAAAGCAGUCACAAGAAGUGAUUAAGAUAAAAUGUCCAACUAACGAUGGAACAGAAGAUGGAAUGUAUACUCAAGAAUCUUUAUUUGAUGCUGAUAUAUCUGAAAUUAAAACAAAUGAAAUUGAUAGUUUAAAUCAGAAAAGAUUUAAGAUUGAGGGAUAUAUUAGCAACAUAGAUCAUCAAUGCGGUCGAACAUUAAAGGAUCGUCAAUUUCUUUAUAUAAAUUCUCGUCCAUGUGAGAUGAAAGCGAUUUCAAAACUUGUUAAUGAAAUUUACCAAAGAUAUAACAUGAAAAAGUAUCCCUUCUUCUUUAUCAAUCUUAAAGUUGAACAAUCAAAUGUAGACGUUAAUUUAAGUAAAGAUAAACGUCAAGUUGCAAUUUGUGAUGACAAGGUUCUUUUGCUGGUGAUGAAACGAAGCCUUUCAAUUACAUUUGGAGAUUUGCCUACAAAAUUCAAAUAUGCUAGCAUUAAUAGUGUUGUAAGAAAAUAUAAUGGAGACUCUAACUCUAAUGAAUCAGAUGAAGAUAACGAUGACAAAAUUGCAGUUAUUCAACCAAAUAGUAAUUUUGCUGCCAGUCUAAAGCAAUGGAAAAUUAAUCCUUCAAAUCCUAUUCCAAAUAAUCCUAAACGAAAAUUUGACAAAUUAGACAAAAAUCCCAAAAUUGAUUCAUUCAUGGUAAAACGUUCGAUUGAAAUCGAAUGUGAAGAAGAAGAAAUUGCUCAAAAACCAAAGAAAAUUGCUUUGAAUGAACAAGAUAAGAAAACAUCACAAUCUGAUAACAGCGAGGAAGAGUUUCUUUCACCACAAGUGACUUCUACUCAAAACUUUUCUCACAGCAUAAGCUACAGACCUAAAGCAUGCGAAAAUACAUUAAAAUUCGAUACAAAAAGCCCUAAUAAAAUUGAAGUUUUUGAAGAACUUAGAGCUGAAGAUGAAGUUCCAAUGGAGAAGCCACUUGAUUUUUUGGAAUUGAGUUUUUUGAAAUCACAGACAUCAAACAGCAGUACGGUUGAUCAUGAUAUCAUUAAUGAUGAGACAAUGUGUGGUGAAAGAAUCGAAUUAGAUGUUUCAAGAUCAAUAAGAAAAUUUAAGAAAAAAAUAAACUUAUCGAUCGGCAUGGUAAGAAAUGAAGCAUUUGAAGAAGAGACAGCAUAUAAAGCACUAAAAAAGGUUUCAAAAAGUAAUCAUCUAAGAUUUAAAGAAAGAAUUGACCCAUCAAAAAACAAGAAAGCAGAGACUGAAUUGGAAACAGUAAUUAAGAAGGAUAUGUUCAGUGAAAUGAAAGUGAUUGGCCAAUUUAAUCAAGGCUUUAUUAUAGCAAUAUUGGAAAGUGAUUUGUUUAUUGUUGAUCAGCAUGCAACAGAUGAAAGAUAUAAUUUUGAGCAACUUGAAAAAACAUUCAAACUAGAAACCCAACAUAUGGUCAUUCCAGAAAAACUAGAAUUGACUGCUGUUCAGGAAGAUAUAAUUAUUGAUAAUAUAAACAUAUUUGAAAUGAAUGGCUUCAAAUUUAAUAUUAAUCACAAUACUCAAACAACUCAUAGAAUUAAGUUGAUUUCACGACCUUUUAGUAAGAAACAUGAAUUUGGUAGAGAAGACAUCGAGGAAAUGACCCAUUUGCUGCAUGACAAUUCAACAAACUGCAUUUGCAGACCAUCAAGAAUACGAGCAAUGCUGGCAAGUAGAGCAUGCCGUAAAUCUGUUAUGAUCGGAACGCCAUUAGAUCAUAAAGCAAUGAUGAAACUUUUAAUGCACAUGGGAGAAAUUGAUCAUCCUUGGAACUGUCCACACGGUAGACCUACGAUUCGUUUCCUUCAAAAUUUAGACUUUAUUGCCAGUCGCACAGAAACGAAGGAAAAAUUAAAUGAUUGAAAAUCAUGUCAUUAAUUUACUGUCGUAUACAUAGAUGGAUAUGCCUAUCAUUUGAGCCACUACGUUCCUGUCAAUUCGAGAAAAAAGUUUCACAAACACAUUUUUUUUAUUCCUGUUUCUUUUCAUUGCUUUAAAAGGAUUAAAAUUCCAUUACUUAAUGCUUAUAGAGAGAUGAAGUCAGUUAUUGGUACACAAAAAAAGAAUGAGAAAAUAGAAAAAAGCUUAAUGAAAUGAGAUAUUCUUGAAAUUAC